AUGAUCCUAGAUCUUCCAAUGCAAGCUGACCUUCAGCUCAUUCAACAACAUCGACAACAGCUCAUUGGCAAAGAAUUGAUACAAGCCAAUCGUCGCCAAUUUGCUUAUGAUUAUCAGACCGGCCAGGAAGUUCUAAAGCUUUGCUAUAAGCCAAACAAGCUCAACCAUCGAGCCGAUGGACCAUAUCGUAUUGAACGAGUUCACUCUAAUGUAGCCCUUACCAUUCGACUUGCUCCUCAUGUAAUUGAACGCGUCUCCUUACGACGAGUCAAACCUUACCGACGAUGA